GGCAUCGGCGCCAAUCUACGAAUGCCUGAAUGGCUAACAAAAAGUUUGCAUCAACUGAGCUUCAGAAGAGUAUAUUGGGAGAUAGUCGAAAUGGGGUCUCCGGGAAUGAAAAUAUCAGUGGAAACAGCGGGACGCGGAAAAAGGUUAAACCUGUUGUUACCACGGUGAAAUCUCGCUAUAUGCAAACAACAGGAAAGAAACCUCCGCCUAAGCCUGCAACCCCUAAAAAGGUGUCCCAUGAGACCAUAUUACAGGAAACAUCAGUAAACUGUGAUGGUGUGUUGCAGUCAACAAUUUUGGCUGGUCAUGCCUUGCGGCCAGAUUUUGAUAUGUCCGCCAUUGUUGAGAAGCCAUCGACGCCUGGGCCCCGGACCACAGAAACCACAGAGUCUAAAUCAAAAGUGGAACUCCAGGCAUUCCUUGACACGUAUAUGGCGGCUAAGUUGGACCAUAACACAAUCAUCAUGAGGGAGGAAGCAGAGAAGGAACUUCUUGCUAUGAUGGAGGUGGAGAGGGAGAUGCAAGUUGCAGGGCGAAAGAAGAAGCGUCAAUAUCACCUGAGAGCGAAACAAAAUCAGCUCAACAGCCUGCUGGAUGCACAGAUUGCUGCCCUUACCCCCGUGGCGGCAGUGGCCUCUCAGUUUACUCAAAACUACCAGAUGCUGGCCACAGCUGUGGACGCCACGCGCCAUGAGCUGCCAGUCAAGAACCUCCACAUGGAAGAUAAUCGAGAGGAGUUUUUAGAGAAGACUGUGUCGUGUCUGAAGAGAAGUGAGGAACUCCUACAACAGCAUAUGAAUGUGAUGGAACAGGGAUGUGAGUCUGCUUGUGAGAGUCUGAACAGAAUAAAGAGCUACACCUUGGAUCUUAAUCAGCAACUAAUCAGAGGGGGCUCAGACCUGCAGGAGCUCUCCUCCUUGGUGAGUCAGCUGACUGUUGAGAGCCUCUUGGAGAAGGAAAAUCUGCUACUUCCAUGACCAUCUCAGUGCCUGUGUAUAUCCCAGCCAGUGACCUUGAUUACAGCCCUAUUACCCUUAGACCACAAUUACCUUUAAUCUAAUUGAGUUCUGAGGAUCAUGGUUGCUUCUGACUUUUAUGGUGUUUGUAGAUUUGUGUGUGUGUGUGUGUGUGUGUGUGUG